UCCCUGCCAACACAUUUUUUUCAUUUUUCCCUCCAUGCACUUGCAUGAACCUUGUUAUAUAAAACAGUUUUUAUAUGGUACUGGUGAGGUGUUUAGUCUGAGUAUGUUGGCAUUUACUGGUCCAGCACUGCUUCCCUCACUGGUCUUAGCACACAAAGGUAAUGGUGUCACCCUGUGUCCAGGCGUCGUCCAGACCACUGCCCUGCUGGACUACGAGGCCUCCGCCAGCCACAAUCUGACGGUGCGGGCGCGGGACCCCUUCACCGGGGACCACACGGACACCCACGUCACAGUCGCAGUCACGGACGUCAAUGACAACCCGCCGGAGUUCAGCCGUUCCGUCUUCAAGGGAGACGUGUCGGAGGCUGCAUCACCGGGCCACGUGGUGCUGCAGGUCUCGGCAAGUGACGUGGACACGGGGCCGGGCGGUUCAGUGCGCUACUCGUGUGUCAUGGAGUGUGGCAGCUUUGAGGUGCGUGCCCUGGACGGUGCCGUCACACUCACCAAGGAGCUGGAUGCAGAGACUGAGGCUCAACACGUGCUGACUGUGCUGGCCACGGACUCAGGCAUACCCCAGCUCUCCUCCACCGCCACAGUGGUUAUUGACGUUGUGGACUUCAACGACAACCCUCCAGCGUGGCGCCAGGACAGCUACUCCUGCCGCGUGUCGGCCGAGGCCCAGCCCGGCCAUGUGGUCACCUCGGUAUCUGCUACUGACCCAGACGCUGGUCAGGUCACGCCGCUCAGUUAUGCCAUUCACUCGGGAGACCGAGACGCCAUCUUCAAAAUGGAUCAGCUGACUGGUGUGUUGACGGUGACGGCCCCACACAAGCUCAAGGACGUGGCCUCCCUCACCCUGAACCUGUCUGUGAGUGACGGGGUGCACGCGGCCUUCACCGGGCCUCCAACCACCACGCGCCGAGAUGUGGGCUGUGACCUGGUGACCAACCUCGGCGAGACCCACACCUCCUCGGCCCGGCAGUCUCCAUUUUCAGACGAUUCUUCAGCACCGAGCCAGCAGAAGAAGAAAGGCUACCACUGGGAUGACUAUGACAUGCACGGCCCACACACGCUGGUGGGCUGCGGCAGCGAGGGGGCCACGGCCGCCCCGCCAGACUUGCUGAUGCUGAGCCAGGGCACCUCCCUCUUCCACGGAGACGACCCCAUGGAGGGAACGCCACUGCUGCCAUGCUCUGCUGCCACACCCCUGCUGAGUGUGGACGCCCGGGGCGGUCCAGACGGCCGGGACACACCAGACGGUGACGAGGACAAUGAUGAUCCCUGCAGCUUUGAGGAAAUACUCCUGGCAAAUAAUAUAUCUGUUGACUCAUGCCAAGACCUGACUCUUGAUCAUUCGUCUAAAUACAACAUUGUCUCGGACCUUGAAGAUGACUGCCCAGAGUCAGCCCUGAAGAUAUCCAACAUGCCUUCUGUCAUCGAGGACGCCAACAGGCUCGGCAGCCCCAGGAGCCGCCGCCCCUUCCACUGCAGAGACUACAGCUGCGUGUCGGACCUGUCCUUCCUCUCCGCCCUGGAGGAGGAAGGCGUUGACGACUCAAUGUCUGAACUCCAGGAAUCUGACUAUGAGCUGCUGGAUAGAGUCAGUGAGCCCCUCACACCCACACUGGUGCAGACUUCCCUCUCAGAAGUGUUUCUAUAGUCUUGUGAUGUGAUGACAGCUGCUGCUGGACAAGGAGCAAAAACUUUUUACCCCACCAACUCCCAGCAAUUUGUUUAACAUUAAAUUAAAUAUGUGGGAAAGAUAAAUAUGAAUUACAUGAUAGGUAGGUAGAUAGAUAGAUAGAUGGAUGAAUAGAUAGGUAGAUGUACUGAGAGAAAGAAGAAAUUAUUAAAUAUACUUUUAUACAAAUAUAUACAUAACAUACACAUUCUGUUCAUGUUUCAGACAAACUUCCAUUCAUGGAAAGAUUACUAAAAUCUAAUUUACCACAAACUAAAUUCAUUAUUCCGUAAGGAAAAAAUGGAACAGGUGUAGCUGCUUUCUAUUACUGCAUGAAAACCUGGAGUAACCAACAGCACUUCUAUAAAUUAUCUAAAGUAUCACAAGCAGUGUGCAACAUUUUCUCGAGCCAAGCCUUCACAUGUCAGGUCAGCACGAUGCGUAGAAGAGAACAUUUUUACCAACAAGGCUGAGCCGAGUGAGUCGAGACUCGCAUAAAGUUUUGUACAAACGAGCAAAGGACAGAGACACUGUGUUUAUGAACACACAUUAUCUCAGGAUGGUUAAGGGAAGCCACUUGUAGCCAGCCCAAAGGGGUUACAAGCUGUUGCCAAAGGUGGGGUUUCAUGUUAAAGCAACAGGAUGAGUCAGUGAGUGUAUUGUGAGGCACAAGCCACAGAGCUGUUCCCGUGUGGACUGAAGGCUGCUGUACUGAAGGGGGAGGCACGACUAAGGCCAUCAAAAAUAUGCCUCGCGCCAGAUAAGAUAGUACAAAUAGACCUCAAGAUGCUGGAGAGGAUGUGCAUAAGCCAUCAUAUUGUAAAAUGUGUUAUACCAUUUUUUAUACUUUAGUAUGUUUUCAUAGUCUGAAAAUGCAAGUGCACCUAUUAUCAUUAUUCCUCAUGGGAAUUUUAAGUUAAAGAAAUUCAUAUUAUGCAACCCAUCCAUGAAUGCAAGUCCACAUCAGUCAUUAUAGUCCAUUUCAUUCCAUCUGUCCACUCACGAACUUAGAUGUGGCACCUGCGCAUUGUUAGUUCAUGAUUGCGUGAAGAUCAACUUUAUAUUUUCAGCGAUGUAUUUGAAUGUUUGUGUAUACAAAAAACCCUCGUCUUUUUAUAUGAACCACAAACAUGCUGAUUUGCAUCGAUAAUCUACCAAGAGUUAACCAGCAUCUCCAUUCUUUCAUCCCCUUCACAGGUAAACUCUGGAACAGUCUUCCUUCGUCUGUAUUUCCUCCUGCCUAUGACUUGACCUCUUUCAAGAAGAAUGUAUCAAGACACCUCUCCACCCGAAAUUGACCUCUCUUUUGGCUACUCUUUACUUUCAACUUUUGUAGAAGUGGCGAAUAGCGGGCCCUUUUUUUUACUUUUGCCCUUGAGCCGCAUCUUUUGAUAUAUAUAUAUAUAUAUAUAUAUAUAUAUAUAUAUAUAUAUAUAUAUAUAUAUAUAUAUAUAUAUAUAUAUAAGCAAACGAAAGAACAAUUUGCAUAUCAAAUAAUAUAGUCUAAUCAUACUCGAACGAUUCAUAGCCUUUCAGAUACCCAUAUUUCAUCUUAUUCAGGUACAUAAAGUGACAUCCCACUCUGCAAGUGUCUGUACAUAAGUAAUUUAAGGAAUUUUGAUGUGUUGCAUGUAAACAGCAUGGGUAGCCUAAUAUUCUAAAUAGCCUAGCAUCACAUUGAAGUUAUUAUAUACUGCUUCAUGUUAUUUUGAUUAUUAAUCAUUAUUUACAUGCAGUAAAUUAUUAAGAUAUCCUUUAUAUGCAAUUGCAGGGCCAGAUGUCUUUUAAUAUACCUGAAAUGAGUUAUCAAUCAAUGAAUUUGAAAAAAACAUAGAUCGUUGGAGCAUGAUGUGACUGUUGUUUGAUACAAGCUUGUCUUUUCGUGUGCUUGUGUUAGAUUAUCGAUGCAAAUGACCGAGUUGUUUUUUGUACACAUAAACAUUCAAAUAUAUUAUUGAAAAAUAAGCUUGAAUGUCUAUCACAACAGUUGAUUUUCAUGUAUUCAUGAACUAGAAAUGCACAGGUGUCACAUCCAUCAUAAUUCCUGCUUUGUUGGUGGACAGAUGAAAUGAAACGGACUAUAACAGGACAUACAAAGAGCAGGUUUCGGUACCGUACUGGUACUGUGUUUUUAUUUCGUGCAACAACUAGUUUUUUAUACUUUUUUCUCCUUUCCUACGACCAAUAGCUCUGUUCACAGCUUAACCACCAGCCAGUCACACCCUGCAUUGAUUCCCAUGCAGGACAGUAACCUCUCAUGACAGUGUGACACUCAAGACUCAAUGAGGAGCCUCCCAGCAGGAGCUGCUCAGGAGGCAGGUCAUUACUGUGGUGCCUUGGGGACUACUGGCAGCUUGUACACAUGGAAACUUUGAUGUUUAAUAUUCCAAUGUGAAAAACUGAACACCAGAGAUUUCUUUAUUGGUGUGUCCCAUGUGAAUGCACAAAAGUUACAAUCUUCCUGUGAUUCUACAGUCUGCUGGAGUGAGUGAACAUUGCAAAGUCUUCUUAAAGUGAAGUGUGUAGUGUGUAGCUACAGACAAGCAAUAUGAUGCAUUGUGUCCAACAAACUCUUUGGCUAAUAACUGAAGACCUUUUUACCAAGAGUUACAUAUUUUUUAAUGCAUUUCUUUAUUGUUACGUGUCAUUUUCCCAACAAACAUUUGUCAUAAAGUCAUACCAUGCCUUUAAGGACGUGAGUGAUGUACAAGAAACAAUCAUACGUGUGAAUGCGAGAAAGGCGGGACUUCUGAAGAUACAAGAGACGUUUCUCUUGACACGGUUUUGUUUCUUGUGGACUAGUCAUUAUUGAUACAGAGUAGAACAAGUGCCUAUGCAAGAGACCAUUAUAUAUUGAUGUAAGGUAAUUCAUGUUCAGAUGAACCACUGAGCCACAUGCUCGCUUUCCUGGAGCAUCACAGUCAUGGCAUGAAGGGAUCACCCUUGUGGGAGGCUGCUGCCCACCACCGUGGCUCACUGUGCCACCCACCAGCACAGCGUGCAGCCACUCACUGGUUCAUCCGGACAUGCUGUAUCAUAACAACAUAGUGAACAAAAUGCUUAUUAGCUUUUUGUACUCAAUUUUUCUUUUAAUAUAUAAAUAAGUAUGUGUGUGUGUGUGUGUGU